AUGGCGCAAACCACCAAACUCCAGACCUUUCCCAACAAGCCCAGAGUGUUUGUGCUCACAGACAUCUCCAACGAGCCCGACGACGCCGAGUCCCUCGUUCGCUAUCUUCUCUACUCCAACCAGUUUCAGACCGAAGGCAUCGUUGCCGUUUCUUCAACAUGGAUGAAGAACAAGGUCUGCCCUCAGGACAUUCACAAGAUCCUCGACGCCUAUGCUGGCGCAGUCGACAACCUCAACAAGCACACACACCCAGACUACCCGUAUCCCUCAGCGGAUAGUCUCCGAGCCCUGGUCAAGUCAGGCCCACCGGUUUAUGGUAUGGCCGGUGUUGGCGCGGAUAAGCCUUUGACCGACGGCGCCCAGCUCCUUCUCGAAAGAAUCGAAGCCCCUUCACAAGAUCCCCUGUGGGUUCUCGUUUGGGGCGGCACCAACGUUCUCGCCCAAGUCCUCCUUACGAUCCGCGAGAAGUACUCUGCCGAGGAAGCAGCCAAGCUGCGUGCGAAGCUGAGGGUGUACACCAUCUCCGACCAAGAUGACACAUCUGCCUGGAUCCGCAUCCAGUUUCCAGAUGUCUUCUACAUCUCAUCCAUCCACGGCUGGAACCAAUAUGGUCUCGCCGCGUGGACGGGUAUUUCUGGUGACAAGUACUACGGCUUCGACCAGGGCGGCCCAGACUUCUCCAAGGUCUCAAAGCAGUGGAUCAAGGAGAACAUUCAGAUCGGCCCCCUGGGCUCGGCCUACCCGGACUAUCUCUUCAUCCCUGAGGGUGACACCCCUACUUUCCUUUACCUAAUCCAGAACGGUCUCGGUGACCGCGAACACCCAGAGUACGGCUCUUGGGGUGGUCGAUACGACCUUACCGACGCGAGCGAUGCCGGCCAGCGAGGCAAGCACUACAGUGACAUGUCUGACUUUGUCGUUGGCGUCGACGGCAAGACUUACCGCUCGAACCAGGCCACCAUCUGGCGCUGGCGUGACACCUUUCAAAACGACUUCGCCGCCCGCAUGCAGUGGUCUCUCAACCCCGACGUGGCAACCACGAACCACCACCCCAUCGUGAUCGUCAACGGAAGCCAAAGCCUGGAGCCCCUGUAUUUCGAGGCUGAGGCUGACAGCACUAUCGAGCUCGAUGCCUCUCAGACAUACGACCCCGAUGGUGACAACCUGACAUUCAAGUGGUGGCAGUACCGGGAGCCGAGUGCCUCGCAGUGGCUUGUUCAGUUUGAGGUGGCACACCUGGAGGUUGAGAAACUGGAUGCUGAGGGCAAGAAGGUCAAGGUCACAGUGCCGCCCCCUGAGAAGUCUUGCUUGGAGUUGAUCAGCCAAAAGCCCAAGGCCAAGGGCCAGCUGCUUCACUUGAUCCUGGAGGUGACGGAUAGUGGUUCACCGGCUUUGACGAGUUACCGCCGUGUCCUCAUCCAGGCUAUGAACAAGGAUCUGAGAGGCGGCAAGGACUUGAAGGAUGGAGAGGGUCACGAUGCCAUUGGUGAUGCUAUGAAGGACUUCACCGGUUAA